AUGACUUGUAAAAGAGGUGUAAGUUUUUUGUUAUUUGGUUAACAAUCAAAUGAUUUUAUUUCUGGGCAUUGUGAUGGAAGUCUUUAAAUAUGGAAUUAUCUGAACUAAAUAUUUUAUACAAUUACUAUUUAUGAAAAUUAACACAUGGAAACUCUAAGAUGUUUAAUUAUAAAUAAAAAAAUAAGACUAACGAAUAUCAAGUAGUGA